CUAACCUAAAAAUAGUUAGGUUAGGUUAGUUCAUGUUUAGUUUGAUGUUCUGGGUUUUUCCUGAUUAUUUUUGCGUUUAUAUCAGUUGCUUUUGAAUAUAUCCGUUGAACCAUGAGCGAAGAGGGUGUGAUGGAAAUCCGUUUGAUUUCCAAACAAGAGGCAUUCGCACUUCCAGACAUAGUUCAAACAAUUCCUAAAAGUAUUGAUAAAAACUCGCUGAAUGAAAUAGUGAAACAAUUAUUGAAAGAAUCACACCUUGACUCUGUGGAAGAUUUAGAAUUUGAUUUCAUUAUAGUAGGUGAAUUAUUGAGGAGUACAGUCGGAGAACAUUUGAGCGAGAAAUCAAUAUCUACUGAAUCAACUGUUGAUAUAGAAUAUGUUGAAAGAACUCCAGCUCCUGAACCCGAAGAUUCAAUUUUACAUGAUGACUGGGUUUCUAGUAUUCAUACAUGUGCUGGUAAAUGGAUUCUGACGGGAUGCUAUGACCACUCUGUGUAUUUAUGGACAUCUCACGGUAAAUCUAUUGUUUCAAUCAAGAAUCAUUCCGAUUUUGUGAAAGAUGUUAAAUGGAUAAGCAAAGAUGACCCACAGAAGGGCUUCGUUAGCGUGUCAGAAGACCAAACAGCAGUAUUAUGGUCAUGGGAAGAAGGCACAACAAAGGCUAAAAGUGUCUUUGUCUUAAAAGGUCAUUCUAGAGGAAUAGAAUGUGUGGAUGUCAGUCCAAACACUGAGAAACUGGCAACUGGUGGUUGGGACACAACUCUCAAAAUAUGGUCUGCAAGUUUAGAGAAAGAUGAGGAGGAACCAGCACUCAAAAAAAGUAAAAGUAAAGAUAACGUUAAUGUGAGAACACCAAUCAACACACUGGAAGGUCAUAAACAAGCAAUAACUUCAGUUCAAUGGAUGGAUCCUCACAAUAUUAUCACAGGUUCAAUGGAUCAUACUGUUAGGGUUUGGGAUGCUGAGUUGAAUGGAAUGAAAAAUGAGAUAAUAGGUCAUAAGGCUUUCCUUUCCUCAAGUUGGUCACCGUUAGCAAACAGUUUGCUAACCAGUUCAGCGGAUCAAUAUAUCAGAUUAUAUGACCCUCGAUCUACCGAAGGUGCCAUCUGCAGAUCUUCAUUUAUAUCUCAUACGCGAUGGGUAAGUUCGGUGGAAUGGAGCCCAUAUAGCGAGUAUCUGUUUCUGUCUGGAGGUUAUGAUAGUAAAGUUAUGAUGUGGGAUACAAGAAGUCCCAAGGCACCAUUAUUCAACCUACAGGAUCACAUGGGAAAAGUUUUCAAAGUUGACUGGUCGAAUAGAAACUAUCUUCUUUCAGGGGGUGACGACAACCAUGUACAUAUAUUUAAAAAUAGGAAUUGACAAUAAAAUUUGUAAAUACAA